AUGUUUAAAAAUAUGUCUUUUUCUCCUUCUCCGCGCAUUGUUUACUCAAGACAACUUCAGGUGCCCCGAAUCACCAUGCAUAAGAACUUGUUUCUUUCUCUUUUCCUGAAUGGCGUCGUGGUGGUCCUUUUCAAGUCCAUAGUCAUUGUAGAUGAACUCAAGCGGUCGAAUACUUAUCAAACUAUCAUGCAGAGAAAUGGACCAGGUUGUAAAAUACUCUUUAUUUUAACGAAGUACUUUCGAAUGACCAAUUAUAUGUGGAUGUUUUGUGAAGGUUUCUAUCUGCACAAGUUGAUUGCAGCAGCAUUUGCAGAACAGAAGAAUCUCAUCAUGUUCUAUAUAAUCGGAUGGGUUUUACCAAUAGUUCCAGUUGGAAUUUAUGCAAUUUUAAGGAAGACCAUGGAAGAUGAAAAGUGCUGGGCUUUUCCAGUGGAGCAUUAUGAAUGGAUUAUGAAUGGUCCAAAUAUGCUGAGUUUACUGGUUAACCUCUUCUUCCUCUGCAAUAUAAUUCGGGUCCUUGUCACUAAGUUACGAGCGACGCAUUCUAACGAGCCCAGCCAAUAUAGAAAAGCUGUUCGAGCGACUUUGGUGCUUGUUCCUUUGUUUGGACUACAGUUUUUCUUAGUAAUCUACAGACCCCAAAACGGUCCUUGUGGAUUCCUGGAAGCUUACACGUAUUUCAGUCAUUCCCUGGAUGGACUUCAAGGUUUUCUGGUGUCUUUAAUAUUCUGCUAUAUGAAUGGUGAAGUGUUAUAUCUGCUACGGAGAACAUACCAGAGACACAAGCUAAGUCAAAAUUUCAGAGGAAGGCCUCAGGCGAGUAUUAUGAUGAACCCUGUGUCUGUCACCCAAGUUUCCAGCAUGGCUGACAGCCAAGCAAGUACACAUCAUGGACUGCACUACAGAUCUAAAAAUGGUGAUAAGCAGCGUGAAAUCUAUAAUUCAGUAACAGAUGGUAACAAUUUAUCAGAAGAUGUUGCCUCAGUGUAAAGUGUAAAGAGUCUUGGCCAGUAACGGCCGCAGGGAAAUCACAUUGAUUUCACCUGCGGAAAAUCUCAUCUGGCCUGAGGUCAAAACUUGAAAACAUUUUAUUAUGAUUAUGGAAUUCAAUUAUCAAUGGCAAAUGUAUAUCUAGAAAUGGUUCUUCAAUAUAAAAACACAUUUUAUCUAUCGUAAGGUGUCAGAAGACUACCCAUGACUUAAUCACCAGAAAAACUCAUUUUUCAUUGCUCUUUGUUUUGUCUUCAAUAUCUGAUGUGGAUCUAAACAUUAUGAAAACCUUUUAACUACUAAGGAUGUACCUAGUUCAGAAAACCAUUAUGUCAAAACUUAGAUUAUUCCCUUUGUACAGAAUGUAGAUAUUACCGUUGUAUCUCUCAUUGUUUCCUUUUCAUGUGUGUUGAAAGAAUUUUAUAUGCAUAUAUCAAGUGGAAUGCUGCCAUUUUACUUUCUUUUGCAUUUGUUUUAUUCUGAUCUUAAUACAAAUAUCCUGAUUUUAUAUUUUAUCUUUCAACAGAAAUAAGAAAGGUCAUAAAUGUUCGUGUGACACAUCAGAGUUAAGCCGAUCUUUUGUAAGUGGAGUGUAAAGGAAAUAUUCGUGUCACUAAAACUAACAUUACAUUAUUUCAUUUAAAAACAUCAUAAAACUGUAAUUCAUACUCUUAUAAAUUAUUUUUCUUUAACCGCCUGCAUUAAACAAUCAAAAACAUUAAUUAUAUUUAAUUAUAACGUCUUAAUGCUUAAUAGUUUGAUGUAAGAAUAAUGAUGUAAGAAUGGAAAUUGUUAGAUGGUGAUGAAAAAGUAUUAUUAUAUGCAGUAUUUGUAUUGUAUUUAAACAUAUACAAUGUACUUAAAUUACUAUUUGUAUUCCACUGUAGCCUAAAUUAUCUAUUCUGCGAGUAUCAGUAAUUAGGAAGAUCUUUUGAUUAUGUAACUGAAUGAGCAUCGACAAAUACCACCAGUUACUACAAAUAGAUAUUCCCGCUUUCCCAAGCAAUUUUAUUCACUUUAUCUUACCCCAUAUCAUUCCAAAUAUAUACGUCUAAUAUAAAUUCCGCUAUUAUCUCUUGAGUGAUAAAAUGCAUUGCUUGUGACCUCAGCCUUCUCAGCUAGUGAAUUAGAAACGAUUUCAAGAUUUCUAAACGUUUGGAAAACGUAGUUAGAGGAAACGUUUAUUUUCAUUAAUAAACACAUCAACAAUUAUAAUUUUAAAAAAUCUGUAAAAGAACAUUAUCAAAUAAUAUCAGCCAACAUAUUUUAUGAAUGACAAUACUAAAUUUUCAUUUACUUACUCAGGCUUGAAUAAAACAACCAGACGCAUUUUGAGUGAGAAGGUAACUUUUUCAGUAGCAAGGUAAUUUGAGCAAAUGUCAUACUUUGAAUGUGCUAAAACACAGUAACGCAUGUAUCACUUCUCACAUCUCAUUAAAGUAAGAGAAUUCAUUUAAUGAGAAUUCAUUAAAUGAGAAUUUAAAAAAAAAGAAGAAGGACGCGUGUUUUUAUUAAAUUUAUUAAUUAAAACUGAUAUAUAUUUCCUGAUUUGAAAGACGAUUAAAAGCCCUUUUCUUCCUUUACAUUACUUUAUAAAAGCAAAAUCGAAAGAAUGAUCAAGAAACCAUUAUCUGUGGAAAUUGGGACGUUCACAUAAAGACGGGGAUUUUCACACUCCAUUUCGUAAAAUGUUCAACAUAAUCAUGACUCAUUAGACAAACACAUACAUGUUUGAACUUGUGAACAGUAGUGUUAGUUUUUCUAUCCAUCAUCCAUGUUAGUUGUAAUCAACGUGUCGGAGCAGAAGACUUCUAAUAAAGUUGCGCAAAUUAGAUUUUUGACUAUUAAAGGUGUUAUUCCAUCUCAUAUAUUUUCAGACGUAAAAUCCAGUUUAGAGAUGAAUGUCUCUGUCAGUUUGCAAUGUGUGAUUGACGGAAGUCUGAGCAAGAAGAUUGGGUGAGAACUCAACCACAUACUUACUGUAUACAACAACAUACUUACUGUAGGGAACUGCAAGCAUAUUAAGACAAGCUGGUUGCCAUUGAUGCACUAAUUCUGCUCGAACGUAAAAUAAUCUUCAGAGAAAUCAAUAAUGAUCUUGAAAUAAGUGUCUGUUGUAUGGACAUAUUAUGAUGCUUGAGUGCAAAGAAAGAAGCUUGGUUGCAAUCACGCAACUUCUACAGCUUUAUAAAAUUUAUGGAGACAAGUAUCUAGCAUGUAUGAUGUUCAAAACACUCUUUGUACGAGUGCAGAACUUCAAAUUUAAUGAUCUAAUUAUUAAUGCUGUUCUAGAAUUAAGAAAUUUCCUGAGAGCUGGAGCAAGCACAUUGAAGAUAGAGGCAGAAGCUUGGUGAAACAGAGCGCAAGUCUUUUCAGUGCGUUCAAUAAACUUUACUGCGAAAAGACUUUAUGAUCCACUUUAUAUGGAAUCCACAUUAUGAAUUCCAGUUUUUACUUGAACAUUAUUCGUAACGUGCAUUCCAAGUGAAAAGUAAAACUGAUUUUUACUUCCUUAUACAAAGUAAAGGAAGUGUAUCCUAUUUCAAUGCAAAUAUUCAUUUUAACUGCUCUCUAAGCUAUUUGAACAAUGUUGUUAUGGUGCUAUCUGUACGUACGGACACAAUAAAGGAUAUCUUUUUCUCAGAACAAUUUGAAAAAUGGAUUUAAAAUGGAUUCGGUAGAGAUUUUUUUCGUGAUGUCUGUACUUUGCAUAACUCCAAAAGGAGUAGCCUCAGAACGGUGAAAUUUUGCAUAUUGGA